CAACCACCCCGCUUCUCUUCACACCGCCACCGCGCAAACAUGGCGCGGCCGCCGCGCACCGACACCCCCUCAGGCAGCACACACACACACCCCUCCCCAAGCCCGCGUCCCGCCGGUAACUUACCUCCGAGAGCGGCCGGUUCUCCUCCUCCUCCUUCUCCCUUCUCCAACUGGGGACGGUACCACACGCAGCCCCAUCAGCGGGGCUGCCGGCCGCUGAGACAGGUGCAGGCGCGGCGGGCGGGCCGGGGUUGGGACCCGGGGCGGUCCCGGGGAGGGGGGGUACCGCUUCCCCGCCGCCUCCCCGAACGCUUCCCUCCCUCCGCACAACGUUGUUUCAUUAUAUCAUGUCCAUCAUGUGACGCCCGGAGGCCUCUCUAUGGAAACUUAAAGGGGACUUUCAUGCGACGACGGACACCGCCGAACGGACCCACCGAGAGUAAACGCCGGGCCGCCCCGCUAACCGCAAAUCGCCCGCAUCUCCUCACGCCCUACCGCCCUCAGCCUUGCGGGUCAAGGUUGACGCUGAUGCCCCUCACAUGUACCAUCAGCCGCAGGAGGGACCGGAGCCGCCCGGACAGACCUCACAGGCCCGAUCCUGGUAUUGUCGGCAGAUCACCCUUAAAGAAGAAACAAGCUGGGGCUGGGAUAUAAAGUAGUCUUCUAGGAGUACUGCCAGAACCGAUCUGUUUUUACUCUGCUGCUGCUGCUGUUGCUGUUCUGCUGUGUCAUGGGAAGAGAGUUACCUAGCCCACACCAACCCUCAGAAACAGCAAUGAGCCGCUUGCUGCAAACCCGAGCUGUGUUUUACAGAGCUGGAGGAUGAGUUUUCCUGGCGCAGGAUUUCGGCUGGAAGGAGAAGGCGUCGCUCCCUCGCUGGGCUCCGACAGGGACAUCGCUGUUGGGAGAUUUGCAGGAGGCAGAGUGGCGGUGGCAGCACUGACAGCGCAUCAUCACACAGCUUCAUUUCAUGUUGUCGAGGCAAAAUGCUUUAGGUUACGGCCGAGCAGAAAAGCAAAAUGAUCCAUUUCUGUAAAUAGGGUUCUUUUCCUCCAGUUUGCUUUAAAUUCUUGCAAGGUUUUGUGCUAAGAAAGAGCAGGAAUUCUGCCUCCUUUUAAAAAACCUUGUUAGAAAAUCUUUACAAUCUCCUUCUGCCUGAGCCUGUUUCCUUCAAACACUUACUUUCAAAGACACGAGGUUUAAAGAUGACUCUUCUCUCUCCCUUCCCAAGUUUAUGUUCCUUGGAAAGGCCUGAGGAAGUCGAAGUCUGUGUCUGCCUGUGAACGAAGAAGUUUUGAAUAAACACCAGCAUGCACAUAACACGCAUGCAGAGGAUUUAAAGCAUCCCGUUGAAGUGCACAUGUAGGGAAAUCCUUCAGCAUGUGGUAGGUUUUAAUAUCUGCCUUAAAAUAAAUUAAUCCCUGACUGAUGGACUCUGGUGUGGCAGAUCACAGGAGGCUCAGUACCGAGGUUCCUCUGCAGGUUUUUAAAACAGCCAAAUAAAAUCCCCCCCAUUUGCUCUUAGAUUAAUCUGUGGUUUAACAGCAGCUACCUGGGAAAUGCUCAUCUUGUGAAAACAAGUCAGAAAACUUUAUAGGGCUCCAGUCCUAUUUUUCCACAGCAAAAGAAAGACCUUUCUCAUGGGGUCAGGACGAGAUCUGAUGCUAUUCCACAAGGAAAUGGUUAAAGCGCCCAGCAGAGUUCUUCAGUUCCUCUGUUAGAGGUAACACCCCUGGGUUCUAUUAGAGCUCGAGCUUUGGACGUGGUCCUGCUUACUUCUCAACGUUGUCUUUGCUUCAUUUUAAUUAAUUUUUUGUCGCUGAAACCAAAUCUUCUCCUUUCACUUCUUCUAAUUCAUUUCACUCUUUAGUUCCCACGUGUUAGAAAGUGCAGUUUCAUUUAGACUCUUGACAGCAGAAAGCCCCGUUCCAGAAAGCAAUUUGCAGCAAUAUAUUUUCUUUGCCACUCACUGCUCGAACAGAUCUAAGUAUAAACAAUGCUGACAGGCCCUCAAAACCAAACCCAAAUUGUGAAAUUGGGGCAAAUAGCCCAGAGAACCUGAAAUGUUCCGGUUUUAAAAGACUGCCUGCUGUCAAAAAGAGGGUAAAAGAAAGCUUUGUUUACAUGUA